GUGUCAACCGUUGUGCUGGUUGUUUUCGUACAGAUUCCUGUAGCAUCGCCUCUAAAAACAAGUAAAUAUUGACAAAAAUUAAUUUUCCGUAAAAAUCGAUUGUUUUCUGUUAUCAACAAAGUUUUUGAACUGUGAACGUGUUUCUUAAUUUUACUGGUCGAUUAUUCGAUUGUUUCCUGUCUAUUCUCAACUUUGAGAAGCUGCAGCUAAAUAUGCCUCCAAAAUUAAAAUUUGUGGAAGGGGAGAAGGUUUUGUGUUUCCACGGCCCCUUAAUUUAUGAAGCGAAAUGUUUGAAAGCAACAGUUACAAAAGACAAGCAUGUAAAGUAUCUUAUUCACUACGCAGGUUGGAAUAAGAAUUGGGAUGAAUGGGUACCCGAAACGAGGGUUUUAAAAUACAAUGAAGCGAACGUCGCCAAACAAAAGGAAGUGCAAAAGGCACAUUCCACUCAGGCCUCCGCAGCAAAAGCGAAGAAAACAAAGACCAAGAAAUCCGACGCAUCUAAAGACUCCGACUCCCGAGCCAGCACACCAAACAACGAGACAUCACGUACCGUUAAACAAAAACUGCCCACCACCACUUCCUCCAGUCAGGAUUCCGGAUCGGAGGCGACGAAAAAGAAACGGGGACGCCUAGACGCAACUGUAGAAUCCGAGGAACAAUUCUUAAAUAAAAUAGAAAUUAAAGUGAAAUUACCCGACGAACUGAAACCUUGGCUCGUCGACGAUUGGGACCUGGUCACUCGGCAGCGUAAAUUGUUUCAAUUACCCGCCCGUUUAACCGUAGAUGAAAUUAUCGAUAACUACGUCACUUAUAAAAAAUCCGCUAAGAAUAACAACGCGUACAAGGAGACCGCUGCCCUCGAAAUUAGUAACGGAAUCCGCGAAUACUUCAACGUUAUGCUCGGCACGCAGCUUCUUUACAAAUUCGAGAGACCGCAAUACGCGGACAUUUUACAGGAGAAAGCCGAUACGCCCAUGUCGAAGAUUUACGGGGCGAUGCACUUACUACGCCUAUUCGUAAAGUUAGGGACGAUGUUGGCUUACACUCCGUUAGACGAACGUAGUAUACAACUGUUGCAGACAAACAUUCAGGAUUUCCUAAAGUACAUGAUCAAAAAUAGUUCUACCUUGUUUAGUUUACAAGAUUACGGAAAUCCGACACCUGAUUAUCAUCGUAAGGCUCUAUGAUAUGAGGACGAGUUAGAUUAUGAAAGUGAUUAAGUUUUAGUAGUCUAGGUCCGUUUUCAAAUUUGUGUGUUCAAUUUAUAUGUAGUUAUACAUAAUUGGUAAGCCUUCGGUAUCGAAAAAAAUUAUUUAUUUAUAAAUAAAUUUAUAAAAUGGCAACGUUACAUAAGAUGUUAACUGCUACUUAAAUUGAGAUAGAACUGUAUGCACUUUAGGAAAAAAAAGGCUCAUUAAAACUAAAGAUUGAACAGUAUUAAAUAAACUUUUUUUUAAAAACAA